AGCGCCCGCCGCCGCCGCCCGCCCGCCCGCCCGCCCGCGCCGCCGCCGCCGGAGCCCCUCGCGCACCCUGGGGCAUGGCCGUCAAUGUGUACUCCACAUCCGUGACCAGUGAGAACCUGAGUCGCCAUGACAUGCUCGCGUGGGUCAACGACUCGCUGCACCUCAACUACACCAAGAUAGAACAGCUCUGCUCAGGUGCCGCCUACUGCCAGUUCAUGGACAUGCUGUUCCCCGGCUGCGUGCACUUGAGGAAGGUGAAGUUCCAGGCGAAGCUGGAGCACGAGUAUAUCCACAACUUCAAGGUGUUGCAGGCAGCGUUCAAGAAGAUGGGUGUCGACAAAAUAAUCCCUGUAGAGAAAUUAGUGAAAGGAAAAUUCCAAGAUAAUUUUGAGUUUAUUCAGUGGUUUAAGAAAUUUUUUGACGCAAACUAUGAUGGAAAGGAUUACAACCCGCUGCUGGCACGGCAGGGGCAGGACGCAGCGCCGCCUCCUAACCCAGGUGAUCAGAUCUUCAACAAAUCCAGGAAGCUCAUUGGCACAGCAGUUCCCCAGAGGACGUCCCCCACAGGCCCCAAAAACAUGCAGACCUCCGGCCGGCUGAGCAACGUGGCCCCCCCAUGUAUCCUCCGGAAGAACCCCCCGUCGGCACGGAAUGGGGGCCACGAGACCGACACCCAGAUCCUGGAACUCAACCAGCAGCUCUUAGACUUGAAGCUGACCGUCGACGGGCUGGAGAAGGAGCGCGACUUCUACUUCAGCAAGCUUCGUGACAUCGAGCUCAUCUGCCAGGAACACGAGAGCGAGAACAGCCCGGUCAUCUCAGGCAUCAUCGGCAUCCUCUACGCCACGGAGGAAGGAUUUGCACCCCCGGAGGACGAUGAGAUCGAGGAACCCCAACAGGAAGACCAGGACGAGUACUGAGGGCAGUGCAGCCCUGCUGACCGCCGGCUUCCCGGGGCUCCCCCGCGCCCCCACAUUAUAUUCCUUUCCUUCCAGCUGCUCGGCCGGGUGCUUUGUGUCAGCCAGCAGGGCCGGGGGGGGGGGGGCCCGGGGGGCUGGGGAGAGGGAAGCAGGCCGAGGCCCCAUCCUCCUGGGACACAGGCCCAGGGGCGGGGGCUGGCGGGACCCCUGCCCUCUCCACACGCCCCUAUUUAUUUCCGUUGUCUCCAUGCUGUGUUGGCCGCCCCUUCCCGGGGCGCCGCCGUCCCCCGCCCCGCCAGCCGCCUGCCCCUCCUGACAGCCAGCAGCCAACUCUAGGACAGUCGUUGGUGUGUUUUUACUUACGGACCCCCCUUGCACUUUACCUGUUCUUUCCCAGGGCCAACCCCGGGGCCUGCCCGGCACGAGAGGCAUGGCGGCAGGACUCACCGCUCUUAUUUAUUUUGUCCUCAGACUUCCCCGUAGUUAAGGGAAAGGCUGAUGUCAGGAGAGGGGCGGGGCCCCGAAGAGGGGGUGCCUGAGGCCCCCCGGGGGGGUCAGGGAGGGAGGGGAGCACGUGAGGGCGGAGAAUGACCUCCUGGCACCAGGCUCACCUCUCUUGGUCCCUGACCCCCCCCCCACCGCAGCACCCCAGCCCUGCCCCAGGCCCGAGCCACCCCCUUCCUGUGACUUGGUUCAUACCACACAGCCUCCACCGGACCCUCCUGUCUGUCUGCUCCCAUUCCCCGCCUCCCCCACACCCCCCAAGGCCCCCCAAGCCUGCAUAUGUGUUCACUUUUAUUUAAAUAAACUUGUGUGGUAAAAGUCCA